AUGGAGACGGUGGUGGAUGGUGGACAAAGACAGCAAUUAACACCACCGGAGACGGAGACGAACACGGUGGUUAUGGACGGUGAUAAAUAUGCGAUUUUACCCAACCGGCCAAAUCCUACCCGUCGCCGCCUCUUGAUUCGAUCAUCAUCGAGCCCACAUGACCAAACGACCGAGAAGACGACGACGAAGCGAGUGGUGCUUGUGAGGCAUGGGCAGAGCACGUGGAAUGAAGAAGGUAGGAUUCAAGGGAGCUCCGAUUUCUCCGUCUUGACGAAGAAAGGCGAGUCUCAGGCCGAUAUUUCUCGCCAGAUGCUCAUCAACGACUCCUUCGAUGUCUGCUUCACCAGUCCAUUGAAGAGAUCAAAGAGAACAGCUGAAAUCAUAUGGGGAAGUCGAGAGAGUGAGAUGAUCUUCGACUACGAUCUUAGAGAAAUCGAUUUAUACUCUUUUCAAGGUCUAAUUAAGAAAGAGGGGAAGGAAAAGUUCGGUGAAGCCUUUAGGCAAUGGCAAGAAGAUCCGGCAAACUUCAAUAUCGAUGGACACUAUCCAGUAAGAGAGUUGUGGUCACGAGCUAGAAAUUGUUGGACCGGUAUUCUUGCUCAUGAGAGCAAGUCUGUUCUUGUUGUUGCUCAUAAUGCUAUUAAUCAAGCUCUUGUGGCAACAGCAAUUGGUCUCGGAACAGAAUAUUUUAGGCGUUUGUUGCAGAGCAAUUGCGGUGUAAGCGUACUGGACUUCACACCAAGGGCUGACGGUGGAUCUCCUCACGUAUGUCUUAAUCGACUAAAUCAGACACCUAAUUCGCCUCUAGCUGGUGGAGGUUCUAGUGGCCGGAAAGCUAGUAAGCAGAUCAUACUUGUCUGCCAUGGCCAGGGGGAUAAUGAGGCUGCUAAUGGUCAGCCAAUGAACAUGCUUGGGGUGAUACAGUCACAGAAAACCGCGGAGUUUCUUCUUGAUCUAAGGGUUAGUUCAAUAGUUUGCAGCCCUACAACAGCCUCCAUUGAGACUGCUGGAGUAAUAUCUCGGGUGCAAGAAGCUGCGGGUUGUUUGGGUGUAGAUUGUGUGCCUCGUUAUGUGAAAACGAAACAAAUGAAGGAGCUUGAUGUCGAGGACGUUCAUCACAAAUCCAAUAAGGAUGAAGCUGUGAUUUCAUCGAUUCAACCUGGUUGGUUAAACCAGUUAGACAAAGAAGCGGUUUCAGCUCUAUGGAACAGAUCCGGGAAAGCCUGGGAAUCACUCUUAAUGGAACUAUCAGACGAGGAGUCAAAACCAGGAAAUAUCAUGGUGGUGGUUGGUUCUCCAGUGGCUCACAUAUCCCUCAUAGCACAAUGCCUUAAACUCACUAAGGAAUGGCUCGGGUUGUUCCACCUAGACGCAGGUAGCAUAAGCGUCAUAGAUUUUCCGGAUAGUCCUCACGAAAAAGGAGUUAUCCUUUGCACAAACUACACGGCUCAUCUAGGAAGAUGGUCUGUCCGCAUCACAAGACCCACCUGA